AUGAAGUCAGACGUCUGGUAUUUCCUUUUCCUCUGCUUCCUAGUUGAAGUUCUAAACGGAGAAAUCAAUGAUUCUGCCAAGCCUGAGAUGUUCACCUUUCACAAAGGAGGUGUGCAAAUUAGGUGCAAACACCCCGCCACCCUCCAGCAAUUUAAAAUGCAGCUGCUGAGAGGGAAGCAGCUGCUAUGUGAGCUCACCCAGACCAAGGAGGCCGGACACACGGUGUCCACCACGAAGAACCUGGGUUUCUGUCAGUCUCAGUCGUCCAAUGACAGUGUCUCUUUUUUCCUGUACAACCUGAACAGUUCUUACGCCAGCUAUUACUUCUGCCAGCUGAUCGUUUUUGAUCCUCCUCCAUUCACUAUAGAGACCCUUAGUGGAGAAUAUUUGCAUAUUUAUGAAUCACAACUUUGUUGCACCUUGAAGUUCUGGUUGCCUGUCAUAUGUGCAGCUUUUAUUGUACUCUGCAUUUUGGGAUGUGUGUUUAUUGGUUGGCUUACCAAAAAGAAGUACCAGUCCGUUCUGCAGGACCCCAACAGUGAGUACAUGGCCAUGGCCGCAGUGACCACUGCUAAAAUCCCCAGAUGCAGAGGCGUGAAGCUCAUUGGCCAGCUCCUUGCAUCUGGAAAUUCAAGAUUCUUUCCUUUCCUGGACCCCAGAGCCUGA